UGUCAUGGUAAUGUUAAUACCGGAAAGUGUUUCGAAGCUCAUGCAUUGACCUUUUGUACAUGGAGGUAGAACAUGGUAAUUUAACUCUACAUUUUGGUUGUAACAUAAAAAGUUAAAUCUGAUGUAAAUACUGCAAUAAUUUACUUGCCAAGUGUUGGGGAGAGUCAUACCUGAUAUCGGAGAACGUUACAAGGAUCAAGAUGGUGACAAUUCUACUCUAUGGUAUUAGCUUCUCCAUCACCUGCUCCAUUCAGCCACAGUAUCCUGGAGGCCUCUUCUAUCUGGACUUCUCUGGGUCCAACAGGACUGAAACUAAGCCAGCAGUCAACCACUCUGCCUCCUUUCACUUCCUUGUUGCAGAGUAUACAGACUGUGGGAAACACAGCUGCAGCUAUGUAGUCAACGUUUCCACCCGGUCAUUCAGCUCGGCUAAUAGUGAACUAGCUGUCACCAUUAGAGGUAAAGUAACACACGCUUUAAAAAAAAAACACAUUUAAAAUAGCUUUUACGUGAGAGAAAAAUCAUAGUAUUGUAAGAUGAUUCAUAGUCCUUCAUAUCACCAUUUUUUGUUUUUAUAUCCUAUGAAUUUCCCAUCUACAAGUCUUCAUGGCCCCCAUCAUUGUCUCUGGAGGGACUGGUGGGGUAGGACUGCUGUUUCUGCUAGUCAUCUGUCUAGUCAUCUGGAGGACAAGGAUGAACAGAAAGCCAUCUACAGAGGCUGAAACAGAGAGAAUGUCUUGACAACAGACACAACAGAGGGGAGGACAACGAAGACGAAGAGGACUAUGUUAAUGUUGAAAACGUCUGUUACCAGAGAGGUCUGGAGGAUGCAAAGAAAAAUUAGAAGGAAAAAGGGCUCAGCUAUGGAAAAUCAGAGGAUGUCUAUGACAACGAGGACGGAAACACUCAAAGAAAUGGUGUUAGUGGGGGGUCUCAUGAGAAAAUGAACAGUGAAGACGAUGAUGAAGAUUACGUUAAUGUCUCUGCUCAGGACAACACAGCACAUAAUGCACAUAAUGAAGACAUUUAUCAAAACUAUUAGGAAAAGUAACAGUGGACUGUAUGCAACCUGUCACUAAAGUAGCUCAUUGGCAUCAACACAUGGAUUUGGUCCUUCGUGACAUGUUUAUAAAGGGGCGGCAAGUGGCUUAGUGGUUAGAGUGUUGGGCCAGCAAUGGAUUGAAACCCCGAGCUGACAAGAUAAAAAUCUGCCAUUCUGCCCCUGAACAAGGCAGUUAACCCACUGUUCCCCGGUAGGCCGCCAUUGUAAAUAAGAAUUUGUUCUUUACUGACUUGCCUAGUGAAAUAAAAAAAUGUAAUUAAGAUGCAAAAGUAUAACAACUACGGUGGCUGUAGUUGACACUUAAACUAGACAUUUGAAAUAAUGGUAUUGCUUUAUUCUAUUUAGCUUUUUGUAUCCAAUCAAAAUGUUCAGCAUAUUUGAUCCAUUGGGUCGAAUUCCAAACUAGUUUUUUUUAGGUCAAGACCAUCAAUCUAUGCAUUCUCUUUUGAGUCUCUUUUGGUUUUCCACCAAUCAUACAAGGGCUAUAUUGACCACAGAACUGUCUACUCUGCAGUAGAUACUUCCCCAUUUGUGCUGUGGCUGUAACAGUGAGCUGUGAACUGGAAAUGCUUACUUAUAUAGUAGCAUCUACAUUCACAAGACAUUUUGCGACAGAGACUGGUCAACACACUUUUCACCAGAACGCUUGUUCAGGUCGACUAGAGAAAAUACCUGUCUUUUUUUCUGACAUGAAGACCCAAAUAUGGAAUAUCUUCUGUCUGACAAUGGUCUAUCUAUGGAAUGGACCUCUACCUGCAGGUGCCCAGGUCAGGCUGGUCAAUGGGAAUGGUCCCUGCUCUGGGAGAGUGGAGAUCUAUCACAACAGCCAGUGGGGAACAGUGUGUGAUGACAACUGGGAGAUGAAUGAUGCUAAGGUGGUCUGUAAACAGCUGGACUGUGGGAGUGCUAUGAGUUCCCCAGGGUCUGCCUACUUUGGUCAGGGUGCUGGGCAGAUCUGGAUGGAUGAUAUUGAAUGCUCCGGUAGUGAAAGCACACUCACACAGUGCUCACACACUACAACACAUAACUGCAAUCAUGGUGAAGAUGCUGGAGUUGUCUGUUCAGGUGCCCAGGUCAGGCUGGUCAAUGGGAAUGGUCGCUGCUCUGGGAGAGUGGAGAUCUAUCACAACAGCCAGUGGGGAACAGUGUGUGAUGACAACUGGGAUAUGAAUGAUGCUAAGGUGGUCUGUAAACAGCUGGGCUGUGGGAGUGCUAUGAGUUCCCCAGGGUCUGCCUACUUUGGUCAGGGUACUGGGCAGAUCUGGAUGGAUGAUAUUGAAUGCUCCGGUAGUGAAAGCACACUCACACAGUGCUCACACACUACAACACAUAACUGCAAUCAUGGUGAAGAUGCUGGUGUUGUCUGCCUCUCAGUUGUCUUGUUACAGCCCAACAUCUCUCUCAAUGCUCCAAAUGGAGGGAUGUUCUGGGGACUUCAGGGGCCAGAGGUGACCAGGGGCCACAGCUUCUCUAUCACCUGCUCCAUUCAGCCACAGUAUCCUGGAGGCCUCUUCUAUCUGGACUUCUCUGGGUCCAACAGGACUGAAACUGAGCCAGCAAUCAAUCACUCUGCCUCCUUUCACUUUCCUGUUGCAGACUAUACAGACCAGGGGAACUACAGUUGUGUUUAUGAAGUUAAUGUCUCCACCCUGUCAUUCCAUUCUACCAAGACAGAGUUGCUGACAGUCGGCAUUCGAGUUGUUUUGUUACAGCCCAACAUCUCUCUCAAUGCUCCAAAUGGAGGGAUGUUCUGGGGACUUCAGGGGCCAGAGGUGACCAGGGGCCACAGCUUCUCCAUCACCUGCUCCAUUCAGCCACAGUAUCCUGGAGGCCUCUUUUGCCUGGAAUUCUCUGGGUCCAACAUGACUGAAACUAAGCCAGCAGUCAACCACUCUGCCUCCUUUCACUUUCCUGUUGCAGACUAUACAGACCAGGGGAACUACAGUUGUGUUUAUGAAGUUAAUGUCUCCACCCUGUCAUUCCAUUCUACCAAGACAGAGUUGCUGACAGUCAGCAUUCGAGCAUCCAUAGUCCCCAUUAUUGCCUCUGGUGCAAUAUGUGGGCUUCUGCUCCUCCUCCUGCUGCUCAUUCCUUGUCUAGUCUGGAGGAAGAUAAGCAGCAGAGAGCAGUCUAUUAUGAUAAACCUGAGAGAAACGAGGGAGGGAAAUGAUGAAGAGGACUAUGUCAACGUAGAAACCUUUGUCAACAAGAGAAAAUAUGAAGACCUGAAAAAAGGAUGCGAUGCAGAAAUGUAUAUGAAAAAGGAGUUGCUUACCACAAAAAAUAAUGAGAAUGCUCCAGGAGCCAUUAACAAGUUUGGAAACAACCAAGGUGAAGAAGGGCCAGAGGCAAGUGAGGAAGAUGAGGCCGACUAUGAAAAUGCAGACAUCUUCACAGAGAGGGAUUUUGCUGAAGACAUCUACGAUGAAGACAGUGAGUCUUUAGACCUGGAGCAGCUCACUUCAUGUAAAUCUGGACUAUGAAGAGGAUGACAACAUAUACGCAAACUAUGAGUGAAGGCCUUGUAAUACGAAUGCUGAUGCAGAGAUAUUGAUGCCAGGAAAGGCAUGAAAGGUUAGCUUUGUGAGUUGAAUUAUAAGGGCUUAAAAAAACAACUUUUUCACCAAAAUGUUCACUUAGUAGAUAAGAGGAAAGGCUUUGUUUGAAUAUGAAUUAGAAUUUCUACGUAAGUAGUUUGGGUGUAUUAAUUCUAGUUGUAUUGUUUCCAGGUACUUGUAUGAGAUUUCAGACUUGACUAUGUUAUAUAUAUUUUAAAAUAAUGACAUUAUAUUAUGACAUUAUUUACUUCAGUUUAAAAAUAGUGAUUGUCUUGAUGAAUUGGCUGAAUGCAUUGAACAUAAUCUAUUAUUUCAUUGUUUAAGUAAAUAUAUUAAUACUUUAGACUAUUUCUCUUCUAUAACGUUCAGUGUGCUGUCAAAGAAUAGUCUGGAGCAAUGACUGGUUGUGAUGUGCUAAACUUGAGAUCUACUGUAUGACAAACUGUAAAAAAAAAAAAAAAAAAAAACAUUUGUACUGUGUGUGUAAAUCUAACAAUAAUUUGAUUUCAGUGUACAUUUUCAAUUAUUGUGUGUAUGGCUAUAAAGAACAAGAAAUCCA